AUGCGGCGGACGAAACCCUCUUCUUCAUUGAUCAACUUCUGCCAUCAACCUCGCCGUCACAGCCUACCCAUCCUUCGCUCAGUCUCACUCAUUUUCCAUUUCAACGAUCCCCACCGUUCAAUCUGUGCUUUUAACUCGUUACAUAAUUAUGCUUACAACAGUUCAACUAACAUCCUAGCGAAAAAGAAUCAAGCACGAAUCAUAAAGAAAAGUGUAAACUCGAGGCUUACCGAUCGGAGUCUCUCCAUUGGCGUUCCAACAACUUCGAUAACGAGAAACUCAGGUAUUGUGAUUGGAGCAUUGGGGCAUGAAGACGAUGAUGAAAGUGAUGUUGGGGAGGAAGAUUGA